AGCAGCCACCCGCAGCUAGGGGGCAUCGUUCUAUCACGGUUUCAAGCUUUAAAAAAGUCCAAACUUUAGUUAAGCGACCGUUUUAAUUGUUUUAUUUGAGUACGAACCGGCAAUAAAGUCCUUAUUUCAUCGCGUAAAGGUGCUAAUGUUGGGUUGUUUGUCGUUAAGUGCGUUUGGCGCGAACUACCCGACUUUUCUAGCUUACUUCAGUAGCCAGUUUAUAAAGUCGUAAAUAUGAACUUCGUCUUUUUUAUCCUUGUAGAAAGCGCAACCGGCCUAAAGAUAAGAUAAUGGCGCUGAGGCGCUAAUCAAAGUGUGUCGGCAGACGGUAAACAGUCUACUUCCUGAGUGGAGGGAAGGGGCUUGGUCCCGUGCCUGCGCCCCGCGACCGCGCACCGAAUUAGCAUCGAUGAAGUUGUCGCCAACAUGGCGGAUUUCCUGCCGACGCGCUCCGUGCUCCGAGUGUGCCUGCCCGUCUGCCUGCUCAACAGCGGCGAGGUGGAGCAGGUCCGCCGCUCCAAGGAGAUCGACCGGCGGCUCUCCCGGGAGAAGACGUACGUCAAGCGGCUGGUGAAGAUCCUGCUGCUGGGCGCGGGCGAGAGCGGCAAGUCGACCUUCCUCAAACAAAUGCGGAUCAUCCACGGCCAGGACUUCGACCAAAGCGCCCGGGAGGACUUCCGAGCCACCAUUUACAGCAACGUUAUCAAAGGCAUACGCGUGCUGGUGGACGCGCGGGAGAAGCUGCACAUCCCGUGGGGCGACCCGGGCAACCAGCAGCAUGGCGACAAGCUGAUGGCGUUCGACACGCGCUCAGCCAAGAUGGUGCGCGGGCACCUGGAGACGCCCAUCUUCCUUCAGUACCUGCCCGCCAUCAAAGCCCUCUGGGCCGACUCGGGGAUCCAGAACGCCUACGACCGCCGCCGCGAGUUCCAGCUGGGAGAGUCGGUGAAGUAUUUCUUGGAUAAUCUGGAUAAGCUUGGCGAGCCGAACUAUCUGCCGAGUCAGCAGGACAUCCUGCUGGCGCGAAAGCCCACCAAGGGCAUCCACGAGUACAACUUUGAGAUCAAGAACGUGCCCUUCAAGAUCGUGGACGUGGGCGGCCAGCGGUCGGAGCGCAGGCGCUGGUUCGAGUGCUUUGACUCGGUCACCUCCAUCCUCUUCGUGGUGUCCUCCUCCGAGUACGACCAGGUUCUGAUGGAGGACCGGCAGACCAACCGCCUGUGCGAGUCCCUCAACAUCUUCGAGACCAUCGUCAACAACCGCGUCUUCGCCAACGUCUCCAUCAUCCUCUUCCUCAACAAGACGGACCUGCUGGAGGAGAAGGUGAAGAGCGUGGCGCUCAAGGACUACUUUCCCGACUACGCCGGGACGGAGCACAGCCUGCCGGACGUGCAGGCCUUCAUGGUGGAGUGUUUCCGGGCCAAGCGCCGCGACGCCAACCAGAAACCCCUCUACCACCACUUCACCACCGCCAUCAACACGGAGAACAUCAGGCUGGUGUUCCGGGACGUGAAGGACACGAUUCUCCACGACAACCUCAAGCAGCUGAUGCUCCAAUGACCUCUCGCGCCAGUCCUAGUCUGGCAGGGGGGACGCGGCACGGAGCCAGGGACGGUGGACUUCUCCGUUACCGAAAAAUGGUCUGAAGGUUUCACCCGUUUUGUCCGAGCACUGUAUUCACUCCAGGAAGGUCUUCCGUAGUCCACCCCAUCACUCUUUCAAAUCCUGCCUUUGUUGUGCCAAAACCCCUGCAAGGCUCCGUCACUCUUUGUCUUAGGUGUCCCUCAGGGUCCUAGUCCCAAGCAGCCCGUGGCGUCACCUCUGAUGAACUAUGUCCAGACCGUGGGUGGAGGUGUCCCCCCCCCAAAAAAAGGAGCCCCUCUGCUUUUGUACAUAAAGAAAUCUUUUUCUGUGUAAAUAAUAUCCAGGUUUAUCUCCUCGGUUGUAGAAAUUACGUUUUUGUUUUUUUCCCUCCCCUCAUUCUGAAUGUUACAAAAUCACUGCUCCCCCUCCCUAUGAAGACCCCCUCUUGCCCCCCCCCCCCUCUAAUGUUUGUGUUUAAUUUUUUUUCACCAUCUUUUUGUCAAUUCUCACACCACUCUAACUUUAUCAAUAAAACACAUUUUUUCUAAA